AUGGGAUCUCGGAUGAUGCCGAAUCCUUCGCACGGCGAUCAUCCCGCAGACCACUUGACAGCUCCUUCUCAUUUCGCAUUAGGCGACCCGGCCUCUUUCCUGGGGGUCCAGUUCGGCUCUGAUCCGGCGGUCCUCCCCCACGAACCCUCAUCCAUCCUAAACCCUUGGUUACCAUACAGCAGCAACCAUGCCUCGUCGUCUCCGGCUCCCCAACCGCUGGAGUAUUAUCAGUAUCACCCACCGCGGGUAUCGAAUGACCAGGAUGCUUGGAAUCCGCUGCAGGUCACUGGAGUACCUAUGAGCCGGGCGUCUUUGAAUCUUCAGCCCGGGGAGAAACCUUAUCCGAUCAAUGAAUACAUCGACCGCAGAUGUUCCACCGGCCAAUACAGCGACCCUUCAGAAAGUGACAGUCAAUACAAUGGUCUCCCAUCAGGAGAUUCAGGCUAUGGUAGCCGAAGCUGUACCACGCGCUCCAUAGCAGCAUCAUCCUUCGCUGUAGACUCGGCGUGCAGUCCCCAUCUGACGUCGCAUGAACGGGAACCAGAUGAGAAGGGAUCGAUCUUUGAGCUGGGCCCCUCCGGCUAUGGCACACUUGCGCCGAAGACAGAAUACCUCUCUUUGCCUGGCCCCGACGACAUGAAGUGCCAUUAUCCUAAUUGCAACUGGAAGGGGAAAUGUCCCUCCGACAAAAGAAAACAUGAGGCAAGACAUAGGAAGAUGUUCAGAUGCGACGAGCCGAAUUGCAGUCGCAAGGAGGGCUUCGGAACCAUCAAUGAUCUCGCUCGGCACAAGAAAUGCGUCCACAAACAAGAACCCGAGCGCGGGCCGAAGAUUCUCUACAUGUGUUUUGGGCACAAUUGUCCCCGCAGACAAAAGCGGUGGCCUCGAUUGGAUAAUUUCCGUCAACAUCUCUCCCGGAUGCACAAGGAUGAAGAUGCGGAUGGAUUGCUGCGGAGAUCGCAGGAGUGGUACGAGGCUACUGCUUUGAAACUGCAUGACCUGCCAGUUCCUGUCGACGACCAAAUUCCCCAAGAAGUCUCGACCCCACAGACGCAGCUGUCAUCCGAAUCCGAUUGUAUGUUGGGAGAUCUCGAGCAAAAUCCUUGCAGCUUGGCCUUAUCGAAUGGAUCGGUAUUUCGAUUACCAGCGAAUGAGAGCAUUGAUUCGAACUUCGAGGGAAUUGUCGAAGAGCAGAGCACAGGCAACGAACCUACAGGCCCUGCAGUCGUCGCUUCGCAUUCAGUUAAAUUCCCCACUCUGAACGCGCUCAACCUGACCCCAACGCUCGAUCAAACACCGCCAACUUCCCAACUAGACAGUCUCAGGAAGGAUCAUGUUGAAGAAUUCAUAACAGAGGCGGCGACGAACAUGCUCAGUGCAUUGACGAGGAUGAUGAACUCCAACCAACGACGGAAUAUCCAGCCCCCGUAUGACGGAAACAACCUGUCAAAUCCGACAGCCGAGCUGUGUGGGCCAAAGAAGGAAAUUCUCCAAAGGAUUCUAAGAGCAGCGUUAGACCGACUAUCGGGGAACACAGAGUCUCCUGCGGACAGCGGCUUGAAAGUGCCUGAACCGGAACCCGACAAGAGAGGCUGGAUCAAAUGCGAAUUUUGCUCAAAAAGGACGCGUUUGCGAUGCGAGAUGAAAUGGCCUGCUAGGAAACAUCAGAAACGUCAUGAGCGGCCGUACGGCUGUACAUUCAAACGUUGCGACAAGACCUUCGGCAGCAAAGCAGACUGGAAGAGACACGAGAAUUCACAGCACUAUCACCUUCAGAGCUGGCGCUGUACCCUACAAGACCCUAUGCAAGGAGACUUACCGUGCGCCCGGCUGUUCUAUCGCUCGGAGAUCUACAUGCAGCACCUGCAAAAGUAUCACCACGUGGACGACGAAGAGGUGCAGAAUGCCAUGUAUAAGAAUCGGAUCGACCUGAACGGCCAGUCUCGGUUCUGGUGCGGGUUCUGCAAGGAGAUUAUCCCUCUUCGCAGCCAGGGUCUGGCCGCCUGGAAUGAACGCUUCAAUCAUAUCGAUGUCCAGCAUUUCCGCCGCGGAGAGCGUAUCGGAGACUGGCUAUUACCAUCGGGGCAUUUGACCAAAGAGCGAGAGUGGGAAGAGGCGAGGAAAGGAAGUACAGCUUGCAGUCGCGGAGACCAGAGCCCGUCAUUCGCCUGUGACAACACUGAGAAUGACAAUGAUGACUGUAGUGACAGUUCCUCCGACAUCGAUUACCGUGAUGAGAGUAUGGUCCUUAAUCAGGACGAGGACAUCCGACAGACAUUAGACCAAAGUCUAAACGAGGCCUCGCUCCUCCCACAAUCGCCCGAGCUGCAAGGUUCGCGGAAACGAAAAGUUGACACACCAGAUCCGACAGUAGCCCACUGCUGGCCCUAUUCGGCGGAUGUGCCCCUUGCAAAAAGAAGAUUCAGCGUUGAUGACUCUAUUUUACAAGCGCGAGAUCCACGCAUGGCCCAUCUUGUCACGUAUGGCUGCCCCGUAGAAGAUACGCAACCAAGCGAUCGCGCUUUAGUGGACUCUCAUGCACUGCCCCCCUAUCGCGAGUCUCCUUAUCAUAUUCGUCGCAUGCAUUGA